AGUCGGUGGGGGUGUCUCAACAUCUGACCAACACCGUCUUCGUGGACAGGGCGCUGAUCGUCGUCCCUUUUGCCGAAGUGGAGAAGGCAAAAGCAGAGCCCCCUCCUUGAUGGCUGAAAGUGGUCCUCUGCCUGCCAACAGGGGAUUGUAGACAUUUACAAAAGGCCAGCAAGCGUUCAAGCAGCCCCCCCAGACCCUUCUCUUUCUCUUUUUUCCUGUGUCUUUUCUUCUCUCUUUCUCUCUCAUUUUCUCUUCUCUAGGGUAUUUUAGUUUACAUUUAAUGCGGUAGCAUAGAUAUUACUGUUAAUGCUAUAAUGCAUAUCACAUGUAUUACACAACAUUUUACUUGACUGCUCACAAGUACAUAUUUAUCAAAAUAGGUGUGUUAAUAAUCUGACCUGUAUAAUGUCCAAUCUGGUUUUCUCAUUUUAUCCAAGUGGUAAGAAGAAAACCAUAGCAGAAUAACUGAACAGUAAAGUAUACACAUCUCAAUAACACAGCUAUUGGUAUACCUACAUUUCCUACUUUUUUCACCUUUAGCGUUAAGGCACUUCCUGGUUUUGGGAAUUGGGUGACCAAUAUAGUAUCCAAUUUAAAUUGAGCAAAAAUUACAUGCACUCACUCACCACGCUGUCCCUGAAAUUGGCAUAUUCAAAUAGCUAGUCUGUGUGUUUUCAAUGUUGACCAGUGAUACUGUACUUUAAGGUUCCUGACUGUAUCUAGUUGUUAAGAUAUCCACCCCACAUGGCAAUGGCAACUGGUUCAGUGCUCUCUCUUUAACAGUGGUCUUUCUUUUUUGUUGUUGUGUUUUACAGUUAUUUUUCCUGGCUCAGCCAGUCCUGUAUACCAGGCCCCGCUGAAAAUACCACCCAACCGUUUUGUCUCCUGCAGCUAAAUUCUCUCCCCCAUGUGCCCUUUUUAAAUGAUUGUUUGUGUGUGUGUGUAUAUGUAUGUAUGUGUGUGUGUCUUCUGUAAAAAAUGUUACUUUUGCCAUUGUGUCUUGAUUAAGAUAUUGUAUGUUUUCUUUUUUAGGUAGCAAUGGCAACAUUGAGAUCUGAAACCAUAUAUAUGUAUAUAUUUUUUUUUUCUGAGCCCUAUGUUAGGCAAACAAGCUAAUAUAAUGUUGCCAAGUUGAUUUUACACUUAAUCAAAAGGCAUUGGUUCAUUUGUUGCAUAUUUGAUACAGUGACAGGUAAGGUUAUUGGGGAGCGUAGAUAUCACCUACCCAAAAUGUUAAUGCUAGCUAGGUUAUUUUUCUACUUAUUACUGUAUUGCUGGUAAGUAGUAGAAACUGUCAGACUGUGCAGUAUUCACUGUUGAUCUCCAACUCUCUGAAACUCUUUUUGUUUUGUGUAUCUCGAUUUUUCUCUGUGUGCUCCUUAGUAGUGAAGCCGCCAACGUGAGUCGCUUGUUCAAUCUAUAUGAAAAUUGAGAGCACACCCCACUGGAGAAGCCGCUGUGCUAGCUAACGUUUGGUUCAUGACUUAAAAAACACGUUCAGGUGUUAUCCCGGAGGAGGCUAAAGCUUUGUCACUGCUGGCGCCAGCAAAUGCUGUUGCAGGGAUUCUGCCCGGGGGAGGUCUCCUUCCAACACCAAACCCCAUGUCUAAUCCACAGGUAGGACUUCUCCCAACACCAAACCCCAUGUCCUAUCCACAGAUGGGUGGCAAUCCUUUCGGUGGUCCCUCCAUGGAUGCGAUGGCAGCGUUCGGGUUUCCAAACCCCAAUAUGAAUAUGAACCCCCAGUCUUUUCCUACUGACCAGCUUCUGAAGUUUAUGUCGCAGGUGGAUCCAAAAAUGAACCACAUGGGUGUAGGGAUGAACAUGAACAUAAACAUGAAUCCGGGCCUGAAGGCAGACUCCUCCAACAAAGAGAUAGAAGAGGCCAUGAAGAGGGUCAGAGAGGCCCAGUCACUAAUCUCUGCUGCCAUCGAGCCUGGGAACAAGGAGAGCAAGAGGAAGCACUCACGUUCCAGGUCCAGGUCUAGACGCAGAAGGUCCCGCUCUCGCUCCAGACACAGGCGUUCAAAGAGCAGGUCAAGGAGACGCUCGCACUCCAGGAGCAGGAGACGCUCCAAGAGCCCCCGAAGGAGGAGUGGGAGGUCCCACUCCAAAGACAGGAGCAGACCAUCACCAAGCAAAUCCAGGGAUAGGAAGAAAGAGGAGCGGGAUAAAAAGCGCUCUAAAACACCUCCGAAAAGCUACAGUACUGCCAGGAGGUCUCGCAGUAUCGAUCGAAGGCGGAGAAGGAGUCGCAGUGCCAGCCGAUCUCCUAAGAAAUCCCCCAAGAGGAAAGUCUCCAGGACUCCCUCUCCUAGAAGACAUAAGAAGGAGAAGAAGAGGGACAAGGAAAGAGAGAAGGACCGUGAGCGCAGGAGCGAUAAAGACCGCAGUCGGGAUGAACGGAAGGAAAAGAAAGAAAGGUGUAAAGACAAGGAAAGAGAAAGGGAGAAAACUGAUGGAGAGAAAGGAGAUGUGAAGAUGUCUUUGCAGGUCACCAGAGACUAUGAUGAGGAAGAGCAGGGCUACGACAGUGAGAAGGAGAGGGAGAGGCUGGACAAGAAGGAUUCCGACCAGGACUCCGGAGCCCAGUCUACUCACUCGGUGGAAGGCAAUGGCACUGGGUUUUCCAAAGUCAAUGGAGACGAUCAUCGCGAAGAGGACGACAUGGAUGUCAGUGAUUGAGUCACCCAAUAAUAGAGACAUAUGCAUAGAUCUCUAUGUACCCAACCCUCCAUUGUACCAAACCCUCCAUGCCCCAUUGAGCUUACUGUAUACAUGCUUCAAUCAACUCAACUCCAUCCCUCUUUAUCUCAAUUUAAUUGUUUGUUUUUCUUUUGGAUUGACUAGACAAAAUAGAUCAAUUAGAAGAUUAACUGAAAGAGUAACCUUAAGAUUUUUCUGUUUUGUCAUAAUUUUCUGUAUGUAUUAUAAUUAUUUUGUCCUAUUUUGUUGGUGAAAAAAGUAUGGUUGGUUGAAAGGUUGAUUGCUGUAAUUUGAAAGUGGAUACUAUUUGAUGUGUGCAACCUGCAACUUGAUUUUCUUUUUUUAAGCAUAUGGCUUACAUGAUGAUAAUGACAUUUGCGUAUCUAGUUUCUACACAUUGCUAGGAGCAGAAUCAGCCAGUUACACUGCUUGACAUUCACUAUGUCCAUUUUCAUCAGACAACAUGGCUGCUAUAUAGAACAGUUUGCUGUGGACUUAGCUUUUUAUUCUUGAGCGUCUGUACUGAAGUCGCCUCAAUAAAUUCACCAUCUACUAUUUUCUGUUACUCCUAUACGUGGUAUAUUGUGUUUAUAUCCCAUCCGUUAUUAUACGGAAGAUGUAUACUUAUACUGAGUCUUGUGGUGCUAUAAUAACCUGUCCAUAUCUCACCUAUUCACAAUACCCAGUAGAUCUAAUGCUUGUUGCUAUUCUUAUAAGUUUGUAUUGUUUUAUCAGUGAUGUUCUUUUUUAUGUACAAUAAAAACCUGGGAAAGA